AUGUACUCAGAUUACAUCUGCAUAAUAUACAUGAUGACUGUAGAUGCAUUAUACUUCAUGUUGGUCACACAUGUCUGCAUCAAUUUCAUGGUGCUAUACGACGAUUUUCAAAAUUUAAAAAACAGUAAUUUUGCUAACCUCAACAAAUGUAUACAGAACCACCAAACCAUCAUAGAACUGUCAGAACAUUUGGAUGCAAUAUUUAGACUGCCAAAUUUUUUCAAUAUUCUGGUUGGCUCUUUUGAAAUUUGCGCCCUUGGAUUUUGUAUAACCGUUGGAAAAUGGUCAGAUUUACCUGGGUAUUUUCUGUUUUUAUCCACUGUAUUAGCUCAGAUAUGGAUGAUCAGUAUUUUUGGAGACAACAUUAUUUCAAAGAGCAGCGAAAUUAACGAUGCUGUUUGGAAAUGUUAUUGGAACUCUACAGACGCUAAGACUCAGAGAAUAUUUUUACUGAUAAUGUUAAGAUCUCAAAAACCGCAAAAGUUGACGGCUUACAUGUCAACAAUCUGCUGCAGUAGUUUUAUGAAAAUAUUGAAUAAUUCUUGGUCGUAUUUCUCUAUACUGCGCAGUGUGUACAAGCCGCCGGAAAUUAGCAAUGGAUAA